AAAAGAUAAGAGACAUUUAUAAACAUUUUUGCUCUCAUUUACUGAGGAGGAUGGGAAAUACAUAGAAAAAUGAGCCAUUAUGAAAGUUUAAAAUCUAAUACAGUACUUGCUUCUUCAGUGGUAAAAAAAAAUCCUGACAAAGUGCUUUUACACUCAUUGCAAGUCACAUCUCUUCCACACUCCUCUGAUCUGACCCCCAUGUGCCACCAAUCAAUAAGUGGGUGUGGUGGUGGUGGUAUUGACUCACAUGUGGGUACUUAGCAUAUGACUGGCAAGACUUCCUACACAGAACAGCUGCCAGAACUAAGCCUUAGCAGAUGGGAAAAGGACCAAUGGGACUUAGCUGAGCAUAAUUUUCAUAUUAAAAAAUUAUAUCUAUUAAUACCUGUGAAAUACAAGUGCUACUGAUCCCUGAGGAAUUACGAGUGGAAAAUAUCAUGCCUGGCAUCAUAGUUGCAAUACUAUACAUCUCUACAGGUGGACUUGUGUUUACAAUUAAUGCAUUACCUGCUUUCCUCCUGUUGAAAACAUUUCCAAGAUCAUUCUUGGCUCUGAAUAUUUAUGAGGUCAGUGAUACAAUUGUGGCAAUCCUUUCUGGCCUUGGGCUGAUAUGUGAUGGUUGCCUCAGCCUGAAUAGUCAGAAUUAUUAUAAUUCUUGUACCAGAUAUAUGCUUAUUCAAACACUGAUGAUUGUUCCAGUGGUAAUCAGCCAUUUUACUAUUUAUGGUAUCUUUGUUAAGCAUUUGCAGGAUUCAAAUGAAAAUUUUUAUGGCCAGCAGCCUUUUCAGAAAAUUAUCUCCGUGAUUUGGACAGGAGUUGCCUGGCUCAUUGCACUUGUUUUUACACUGAUAUUGUGGAGUGGCACUCAGGGUUUUCACGUGAGGCUGGCUCAUGGCAACUCCUCUUAUACAGUGAAACCCGAAACUCGCAGCAGCAAAAAUCUAGUGGACAAACUCUGGCAAUACAACAGCAAUGAAGACUGGUCCAGUGAUUACCGUGAAAGUGUUAUCAUUGGUCUUAUCUACGGGAUUGUCCGUGGAAAUAUUUCUCACGAAGAACUCCAGAGGUUCCGUGGUGUUUCCUUAAAUAAUGGAAUGACAAACCAAAGCAAAAUAGCCAUUAAAAAGUUCCACACAGUACUUGGUAUUUCAGAAAAAGAACAGAAGCGCAUCUUCAACCUUAACAAAAAUAAUUCAAAUGAUUACAAUUCAACUACAUUUAAUGUUACUCAAAAUACAGAAAAAAUAUUUUCAAUAAGAGAAACAACAAAAAUUAAAAACUCACUGGAAAAUAUAGAUGGCCAAGUGUAUUCAAAUAUUCCAGCAUCAAAUCCCUUGGACUCUCUAGUUAAAAACAACAAUAAGUUGACUUCAGCAAAUACAGUGUCCAAUGUCAAGGACACAUUUGGGUUCACUACAGAGUAA